UCAUUACUUAUUUUUAUGCUCAAAGAAGUACCCAUGUCUACAAACAUUUUUUACCUCCUCUUCCUCUUCUUUUCAACUACAGCAGCUUCAAGAAAUGAGAAGCCAUCAGCCUAUGAAGAGCUACAGCGUUAUGAUUUCCCAAUGGGGAUUCUUCCAAAAGGGGUGAAAGACUAUGAAUUAAACACAAAAACAGGUGAAUUCGCAGCUUAUCUUAAUUCUACAUGCAGCUUCAGAUUGGAGAACUCGUAUCAGCUAAAUUACGAGCCUGUUAUAAAAGGGGUUAUUUCCAAAGGCAGGCUUAGAAAACUGAGUGGUGUUAGUGUUAAGGUGUUAUUGGUAUGGGUCAACAUUGUUGAAGUUAAGCGAAAAGGUGACAAUCUUGAGUUUUCAGUUGGGCUCGCGUCGGCGAAUUUUCCGGUUGACAACUUUGAGGAAUGCCCACUGUGUGGGUGUGGAUUGGAUUGUACUGAUGAAGAGGAGAACAAGUUUGGGCAGAAUAAUCUUGUAUCUUCUUCGUAGAGUAGGUACUCUGAUUUUCCUAUGUGUCACUGUGUUAGUGUAACAAUAUCUUCAAGAAAUAAGAACAAAGGCAGGUGCCUUGUCAAA